AGCAUCCUCGCUAUCCCCACUCUCCCUCGGCUCGCAGCCGGGGCGCACGGACUGACCGACUCGCGCGCCGCCUGCGCCGCUGGGGAGCACCCUCACCGGGCUUCGACGGCUAGCUCCAGCCCUCCCCGCCCCGUCGCGCCCGCCCCGUCCCGUCGGGGCCGAUGGCUCCUCCCGAGGCCCGCAGCCCGGGGGGCGCAGGGUAGAGCGCCGCGGCCCGGCCUCACUGCCCGGGGACUCCCGGGCCCCCGGAGCCCCGCGGAGUCCCCGCUGUCCGUCUGGCGGGCUCAGGGAGCGAGUGGGAGAGCCCCCCACCACCACCGCCGCCCCCUCUCCGCAGCGUCGAGACAAGAUGCUGCCCGGGCUCGGGCGCCUGCUGCAAGGUCCCGCCUCAGCCUGCCUCCUGCUGCUGCUCCUGGCCCUGCCCCCAGCGGCCCCCAGCUGCCCCAUGCUCUGUACCUGCUACUCGUCCCCGCCCACCGUGAGCUGCCAGGCCAACAACUUCUCCUCCGUGCCGCUGUCCCUGCCGCCCAGCACCCAGCGCCUCUUCCUCCAGAACAACCUCAUCCGCACGCUGCGGCCGGGCACCUUCGGGCCCAACCUGCUCACGCUGUGGCUCUUCUCCAACAACCUCUCCACCAUCUACCCGGGCACCUUCCGUCACCUGCAGGCCCUGGAGGAGCUGGACCUCGGUGACAACCGGCACCUGCGCUCCCUGGAGCCCGACACCUUCCAGGGCCUGGAGCGGCUGCAGUCGCUGCACCUGUACCGCUGCCAGCUCAGCAGCCUGCCCGCCAACAUCUUCCGCGGCCUGGUCAGCCUGCAGUACCUCUACCUCCAGGAGAACAGCCUGCUCCACCUCCAGGACCUCUCUCUUCUCCACCUCUUCUCCCAGGAUGACCUGUUCGCGGACCUGGCCAACCUGAGCCACCUCUUCCUGCACGGGAACCGCCUGCGGCUGCUGACGGAGCACGUGUUCCGCGGCCUGGGCGGCCUGGACCGGCUGCUGCUGCACGGGAACCGGCUGCAGGGCGUGCACCGCGCGGCCUUCCGCGGCCUCAGCCGCCUCACCAUCCUCUACCUGUUCAACAACAGCCUGGCCUCGCUGCCCGGCGAGGCGCUGGCCGACCUGCCGGCGCUCGAGUUCCUGCGGCUCAACGCCAACCCCUGGGCGUGCGACUGCCGCGCGCGGCCGCUCUGGGCCUGGUUCCAGCGCGCGCGCGUGUCCAGCUCCGACGUGACCUGCGCCACGCCCCCGGAGCGCCAGGGCCGGGACCUGCGCGCGCUCCGCGAGGCCGACUUCCAGACCUGCCCGCCCGCGGCGCCCACGCGGCCCGGCAGCCGCGCCCGCGGCAACAGCUCCUCCAACCACCUGUACGGGGUGGCCGAGGCCGGGGCGCCCCCCGCCGACCCCUCCACCCUCUAUCGAGACCUGCCCGCCGAAGACCCGCGGGGGCGCCCGGGCGGGGACGCGCCCACCGAGGACGACUACUGGGGCGGCUACGGGGGCGAGGACCAGCGCGGGGAGCAGACGUGCCCGGGCGCGGCCUGCCAGGCGGCCCCGGACUCCCGCGGCCCCGCGCUCUCGGCCGGGCUCCCCACCCCUCUGCUUUGCGUCCUGCUCCUGGCGCCCCACCACCUCUGACUGCGGUGCUGGGACUGCAGAGGCCGGGCUGGCCCCCAGCCCCCAGCCCCCAGCCCCCAGCUGCAGCUCGGGCCCAAUCCCCGCCCCUGGCCUUGCUGCCUCCCUCUCCCCUCCCUGCUCCGCCCUCCCCUGGGACCCGGCCGCCUCUCCCUGCCUCCUGGGAUGCUGGCUUAAGACUAUCCCAAGGGGCUGUGUGUCUGGUGGCUCAGUCCCAUUCUCCCCAACUCUGGCCAUGAACUCGGUCCCAUCCCACGGUGGGGUGGGGCAUCCCAGGCCGGCGCUGACCCUUCUCGCAAUGCCCACCGCGGACUGGGACUCGAGAGGAACUUUGUGUGCAGUGCAUCUUCCACCAGCAGAGCCUUCAGAAGCUCCGGAAGGGAGCCCACCCAGGAGCCCUGCGGAGGGAUGCCCCGGGGGGCCAGGCUGACCCUGGGCCCCUGCUUCUCUAGCCCCUCUCAGUCUCCCGACACGGGAGGAGUACUUUUCUCCUACGUCUACCCGGGACACUUUUUAGGGUGCCUGGAGAGAUCUUUCCUCUCCACCGUGGCCCCUGUGUGGUGAAGAUCAACAGAAGUUGUUUGGGGGGGAAAUUUAUUAAAAAUUCUAUUAUUUUA